CUACCUGCGACCGUGUAUCUCGACAUUGACUUCGAGCGACGAUCAAACGACCAUCUCCGCACCGGCCACCGAUCCGCGUUUAAUGCGCUCUUUUUUUCCUCACGCAGAGCUCUUUUUCUCCUUCCUUCAAAAUUGUCAAUUCACUUUCCGAUUCGCUGCAAAUAUAGGAAUUUCCUUUUUAUCGAACUGAACUCUCGCCAAACUGAAAUCGAAAGCGAAUGGAUAUCAAAGUGGUAACUAAAUCGCGGAUUUUUAUGCAUUUAUGAGAAAUUUGGGUGUGCAAAAUUGCAUAGAAAAGACGUAUAAAAUAUCAAAAGUAUAAUGCCUCCUAUAAUGAAUUAUUAGUAGAUAAAACAAUUUUCCACCUAACUCUUAAAUAUAUUCUGAGAAAUAUGAAUUUGCAUAAAAAUCUGCUGCCUAGUGACAACGCAAUAGGAAACUAAGUCUAUUGCAUUAGACGAGAUAGUAGAUAUCGAUUACUAAAUGCAAAUAUCUUUUGAAACCGAUAUCUGGAAUAUAUCAUUUUGUUACUGUUAAAUACCUGAGAUUUUGUAACUGUUUUGAUCAUUUUUCUAGUGUUAUGUUAACUUUAUAGCACCUUGAUGUAAUACUGUAAAGUAGCCAUAUUAGAAUUGCAGUUAACAAGAAGUGAAUUUUGAUUUUCAGUUUUUACUGGCAACGAAUUGAAAAUAUGAAAUAUACGGUAUCAUAAAUAGUUGUAAGAAGCGUAUACUUUCUAAUUUCGUAAAACUAUAGGUAGAUAUAGCUUGGAAGUUCGUCAUUCCUGUAGUUACUAACCUGUGUAACUUCUCUAUUGAUAUAAACGCUUUUUAAAUGUUGAAAAUGAAAUUUGUUGGAUGCGAUGGAAGAUUUAGGUAAAAGGCACAAGCACACACCUUGCUACUGUCGACAGCGUCGGCGACUGCUGCAAACUCUCUCUUGCACGUGCACGAGACACAUAAACAUUUAAACGCGCGUGUAUGUGACUAUCUUAACACGAACGACUUUUACAAGUGAUAUUUUUCAAGAUAAUGAACUCUAAAUAUAUACGUUACUGUAUCUUUACUUUCUUCUUUGAUAGUUUAUAAUACUUAACAUAAAUAUGUAUGGAAUCAAAUACGAUGAAUCAUAUAUUUUUGACAAUAUUCGAAUCGAAUUAAAGCACACUGAGUCGGCGGUUCAUUUGACGAGAACGCCAUCUAGAUGUUCUAAAUAUAUUGUAUCAGAGGGCGCCAUUAGUUCGAGUGUUCACUUGUACUUAUAUAUGUGUAUGUUUCGUCUGCGUAAAUAUUGUGUUGUAAACUCCAGAAUAACAUUGCGGUUAUUUGAAUUUUUCAUGAAAUUUAUGUGGUACUUGUAGUUACAGAAGGUAAGAAUUUGUUUAACUACCUUUUUUUUAGCGUUUUCUAUGUAUAUUAUUUUUAAAAUAAUGUAAAAUUUACUAUAUGUGUACAAAUGAAUCAUUUAAUACAAUAGUAGUGUAAGUUAAAAAAGUUGAUUACUUUGUAAUGAGACGAUGAGAUAAAGCAAAGAUUCUCUAAAGGGUCAACUAGGCGAUUCUUACUUAUUUUACUAUCCACUGUGAAACUAAUACAGAUAUACUUACUUAUGUUUGAACGAGGGUUAUGCUUUCAAGAUUAAUGUUUAACUAAAAAGGUGAAAGACUGACUUAUACCACUUUUGCAUUAAACGGCUCAACAGUUUUAUAUUGUAUCUAUGACAAACGUAUUGUACAAAAAAAAUAGCAACAUAUGGAGGAAAAUAAAACUGCAAUACAUGAUCUUAAUAAAUUGGAAGUUAAAGACGUUUGGAAAGAAUUUUAUUGUCCAAAAUAUGUUACCCACCUUUGUCCUAAAACUGACAAAUUAUCAAAAGAAAUAUUAGAUUUCUACGAACAAUUAAAACUGGAUACUAAUUGUAUUUUACAAAAAUUGGACAAACUCAUAUCUGAUCCUAUAACAAGUGAUAGCAUAGUUCGCAUAUGCAGACUUUUAUAUGAUUAUCUUGAUAAAGUAGGAGAUGAUGGUUACAAAGUUACAGAUUUACCAUUGGUAAUAAAAGUAUUAAAGUUUUUGGGUGAAAAUGUUAAAAUGGUUAAAGAAUAUGAGCUACAUCUUGAUAGAAUGUUAGAGCUUUGUAAUGUACCACCCAUAUUAGAAAAGCUAUCUGAAAGUGUAAUUCAUAUUGAUAUAAUGGAACAAUAUUUUACAUUGUUAGGACAUCUUCUUGUAGUCUUACCUACAAAGCAGCAAACAUUAAAAAUUCAUAGGGCUCUUGAUUCUUUGUUAUUAAAAGAACAAGUGAGAAAUGUUCCUACAAUGAAAGUUGAACAUUGUCGUAAAGCUAUGGAAAACUCAAGGUUACCAUUAACUGUGACUGAAUUGUUGCAAGCUUCUUUUCUAAGAAUGUAUCCAAAAAUUUUAGAACUAGUUUUCUUACUUUCAUCCAUCUCUCAUAAAUGUUGUUAUAGAAUGCUGGAAGCUAAUAUACUCAAUGUUAUAUUUAUAAGAAUGGAUCUUCCUUAUGCAAUUCAAUUACAAUGUACACGGCCUCCUGACUUAUUGUUAGAUGGGGAAGAAUAUAGUGAUGAAACAACUCUUUUGAUAAUGAAUACUCUCUGGAGCUUGAUGAAAUCUAUUAUUUUUUCUAAUAAUAUGCCAAGAAAUUUAAGGGAAAAUUUGAAACCAACUCAUUGUGUUUUAUGGGGCCUAUGUUAUGCUUUCAAGCGACAGAUAUGUUAUAGCCAAUAUAGAAAGUUUAGUGCCAAGAUUAGAAAUGAAAUUGCUAUGAUUAUUCUUAUAAUUUCAAUUACCUUACCUUCUUGGAACCUUGUUAGUAGCGGUAUAGCUGAUGCUGUUAUUAAAUACUUAAUUGGAAUUGAAUUUGGGUCUACUACAAUAUUUUCAAAAGUGAUAAAAUUUGGUAGAACUACUGAUGAUUUGCAUUUUGAAAAAACUUUAUUAUUAAUUGUUACACAUUUAGCAGAAGUUGAUGCUUGUAUUUUUUUAAUGAUAAAGAGAAAACUGAUGCAAACUGUACUUCAAAUUGUUAAUCCAGAUAUUGAGGGAACAAAAGUUACUUGGAACACAUCUCAAUUUUGGGAUUUAUGGAUUCAUGCUGUAAAUGCUUUAUCUAUAUUGGCACCAAAAAUGCCAAAACAAUUCAUAGAAUAUGAUGGUGGUAUUAGAUUAUGUGUAAUGCUAGAAUGGUGUCUAAAUACAAAAUUUGAUAUCAAAAUAGUAAUGAAUUGUAUAAAAACAAUUUGCAUAAUUAUUCUAAGUAAUAAUAAAUAUUUAUUAGAAUACUUCCGAGAAUAUGGAAUUAUAUCAUCAUUAAUUAAACUUAUUAAGUAUAUCUUGAAAUUUGAAAAACUCAGAGAAAAGGAGCAAAAGGUUUUAACACUGGCAUUAAUAUCAGUUGAAAGACUCAUGAGAAAACAAAAAUUUUACCAUGAUAUAUAUGGAGAGUAUAGUAUUACAUUCAUCAUGAAACUAUUAUUUCGUUGUAUUUAUCAGAAAGGUAGUGAAUUCCAACUGGAUCAACGUCUUUUACUAGCAAUAGGCUCGUAUAUUUGGGAAUGCAUAAUAUGGUCUCCUAAAAGUCUUGAAAAAUUUAUUCGAUAUGGUGGUGUGUAUAUUAUCCUUGAUCUUAUUGAAAUUGUUCCAUAUUGUUCUCGUUGCUUAUUUCUUGCUGUUUUUACCGACAUGUGCGAUAAUUUUUUUUGUGGGCCAUUUUUAUGUACAUGGAGGGCUACUGAUAAAAGGACAGGGUUAAUGUCUUUACUAGCAAAAAUAUGGAGAGAAGAAGAAAUACGGAUUGAAGUUAAAAGAAAUGUGGAUGGCACUGUAAAAGACGUGAAAUUACCCCAAAUGAGUAAGAAGCAGUGGUUAAAUACUUACUGCAUAAAAUUAGCUAGAGAUAAUAGUCCAGCAAUAAUUGACAUGAUUGGUUCAGUUAGAUCAAAAAUAUUUAGUAUUUGCAAAAUAAUUGAAAGAGAUAAUGAAAAGUAUGAAAUGGCCAAGGAACAUUAUAAAAAAUUACAUGCUAAUCUUUCAAUGGAAGACAGAAUUACGAUAUCUACCAUAGAAUUAUAUUUUACAUUGAAAUUAGGUCAAGUAUGGAUAGAAGUUGCUAAAUAUUUUGAGCAAGUUGGCAUUACUCCUCUUGGUAUGGAUGGUCAAGCACUUUUUUUGAUGACUCAACGUUAUCUUUUGUGGGGUAAAAUGACAAAAGAGAGACAGGCCAGAAUAAUACAAUCUAUAGAAAAAGAGGAAGACAUAGAAGAAAAAGACGAAUAUGCAAGGAUCCGUAAUUCUAAGCUUAUUUUAGCAUUAGAUGCAUUUGAUGAAAUAGAUUAUAUGUAUAGAACGACAGAUAGAUCAUAUAGGAUAAAGAAAAAGUAUGAACAAAUACGACAAAUUAAUUUAGCUUUAAAGUUCCCAUCUAUCUCAGGUGAUUCGCAUUGUCAUAGGACAUUCCAAGAUAAAAUAAUGGUUACGGCUAUAUUUAAUCAACAUCAAACAGUAAACAGCGGUUUGACAACAGAUCCAUGUUUAAAUCAAAUGAAAUUGGGGAAAAUUCUCCCUAUUUCUCCUUGUGAUUCCUACAUUUCUGACAUAACAUAUGAUUCUGAAUUACUUCCAUCUUCUUUAUCAAAUACCUGUCUCUCUAACAUAGAAAAGUUCUUAGAAAAUUAAUAAUUCCUAAUAAUUUAAGAUGACAAAUUAAAAAUUUUAUUCAGUAAAUGCUAAAUUUUGUUUGAAUAAACUCCAUUAUUAUCGUCUUUGGAGACUAUAGAGAUCUUUAUUGCCGACAUGAAUAAUAUAAAUAUAAUUUUUCCUCUUUUUUAAAACAUUUUGAUAAUAAUUCAAAUACAAUUUAAAAAAUGAACUUUUCACCUUUAUCGAAUAAGAGAAAUUGAGGUAAAAUAUUGGUAUGUUUUAUUAUUUCCCUUUAAUCACCAAUAUUGAAUCCUUUGUCGGUGUUGUAAAAGAAAUCCUUAUUUAACAAAAGUUUUAACAAAUCAAUAAAAAAUCGAAAGUUUCCCCAAUAGAUAUAUCGGGCAAAGCUAGCGGCGACUUGAUUGGUUCCUAUCGCUUGAUUAUCUGAACUGUAGAUUCAUUAUCUAGAUAAUGUAACGGAUACUCUAGCUGGGGAGCGUAUGAAGAAUGCCGCGGUAAGUCAGUGAGUGCCAACAUGCCGUUCCUGCCACAAGCGAUCGUCGUUGUCGUUCUCAUCCGUCUGGUACCGGUUUAAAGACGUGUCGUGGAACGUGAAAUCAAGUGCUCGGCUCCCUGUCUCGUCUUCUCGCGUACAGUUCGUCCCUGCUCGUGAAUGAAA